AAAAAAAAACAUAGGAAGGGGAGAGUUUUAACGUCAAGAAAGGGUGCAACAUAUGCAAAGAGGUUUCUUAAUAUCCCAGUGGAGGUGUUGAAGAAUAAUGUACCAGGAGAUUAUUUAGACUUUGAUAAAAUGAUUUGUGGGGUAACACUUGGUAUGUAUGAGCCGAAGGAGGAAGUGAAGUCAAAGAAGAUACAGAAGUCAAGCAAGAAACAUAAGUCUAAUAAGAGAACACAUGAAGAGGCUGAAGAAGAAGCAGGUCAGAAAGUGAAGUCAAAGAAGCUACAGAAGUCGAGCAAGAAACAUAAGUCUAAUAAGAUAACACAUGAAGAGGUUGAAGAAGAAGAAAGUGAGAAAGUGAAAUCAAAGAAGAUACAGAAGUCAAGCAAGAAACAUAAUAAGAGAACACAUGAAGAGGUUGAAGAAGAAGAAGGUCAGAAAUCUAAGUUUGAUCCCGUACACUAUUUUGCAUCAACAGAAUUUAUUACCAAAAGAAGAGCAGGAUUGUAUUAUAUAUGCAAGGACGAAGAAAUUACUAAAGUUGAAAGAUUUAAGGUUGAUGGUCAUGAUGAUGGCAAGGCUGAAAGUUAUCUUGAAAGUAAUUAUGAUCGUACUCAUAUUAUGGACAUUGCUGUUAUGCAUAUGGAGGAAGCUAUGGUUGAGGGUUGCGAGUCUGGACAAAGUGGAGGCAUGAUCACAAUUGAUUGUAUUGACCACAACAAUACAAUCACGAAUGUCUGUGAGAAAGAUAUAGAACAGUUGCGUCAAGAAAAGCUUCAACGAGAUAAAGCAUUUUACGAUGCUAAUAGUAAAAGAACAUCAAAACCUGUUUUAGCGAAGUACGACAUGUGGGGGUAGACAAAUGUUACAAAGAUUGGGGGAGUUGAUGAGCUGACUGUUGAAGACAAUUGGAAGAGACAAAUCAAUCUGGGCUCUCACUGUUACGCUGUCAGAAUCAGUCAGCAUUAGGUUCUAUUGGUCGUAUUUGUCUUAUGUUAUAAUCUAGAUUAUUUUGUCCUCUACAGUUGUGGUUCUUCUAUUAGGACCGGUUAUGAACUUCUCUAUAUCUUGACUGGAAAGUUAUAAACUUUGGUCUGUCUUUCUUGGAAAUCUUGUUAAUGGACCAAUUUUGUCUAUGGUUAAUUGUUUGGUAUAGUGACCGAUUGUGGUGAUUUUGUACACCUUUAAACACAUUACUGCAAGCAAACAAACAAACAAGUUGAGCA